AUGAAAGAUAGUGAGUCCUUAUCCGUAUACCUUGCUAGACUGUUCGAUAUAAUGAAUCAAAUGAAGAGUUAUGGUGAGGAUCUGUCUAGGGAAAGAGUUGUGCAAAAAUGGUUGAUUAGUUUGCCUAGAUCAUAUGACCCUAUUUGCUCUAUGAUUGAACACUCUAAGGACCUUGAAACUCUUGAGGUUCAAGAGGUAGUUGCUUCUUUGAAAAGCUUUGAGCUCAUAUUGGAUAGACAUGCUGAAGACUCUACAGAAAGGGCUUUUGCUAGUCUAAACGUUGGAGGUAAAAAUCCUACGGGUGGAGGUAAUUCUGGAAAUCAAAAAUCUCAGAAAAACUGGAAAUCCAAAGGAAAGAAAUGA